AUGGACGAUGAUGAUAUAGAAGAUUUAUUAGCUAAAAAAUUUAUUCCCAUUUCUGAAAAGGAACAACACAUUGAAGAUAAUGAAAACCUGCACCAAUAUGCAACAUACAUUGCUGAUAACGAAGAUGAUUUCAGUACUACCUUCGAUGAAGAACUUCAACCAUCAAUAAAAUAUUCAAAAAUUAGUGGAUCGGAACCAAAAUCCAAGCCAGUUUUCCAAUCAAAAGUGAGUUUUAAUAAAAAUUGUAAAACAGAUGAAUUGAAAGAACUUGAGAAUUAUGGAAGAUUUAAAAAAACGCCGUCUUACAUUAAAAACAAUCGACAAGCUUUUGAUUAUUUUUAUUUGACUAGAAAAGUGAAUUUAAAGCAUGAUGCCAAAAACAAUCCCGCGGCAAUGUUGUCUAAAAUACAAAUUCAAAAAGAUAUUGAACAAGAUAAAUUUGAACAGGAUGGGCAACAGUUAUUAUGGGCUAGUCCAACAUCAAGUGAUCAUUCUGAAUUACAUCAAAUUGAAGGUGUUUUAGCUUUACGUAACGCAAGAACUGGUAUAUUUUUAAAUGAAACUCUAACAGCUUCAGAAUUACCGUUUCAUAAUUAUGAUCCUAGGGUAUUAGAAAAAUAUUUAGAUUCAGGUCCGCCGUAUGAUAUAAAGCAAGUUCACAAUGGUUUGUUUGUUAAAGUACCUGAUUAUGAGUACAUCCCUGUUAAUUCAGAACUUGAUUUUAUACCAAGUAUUCCCUAUAUAUGUCCGACUAAAACUUAUUCCAUUCCUUGUAAAGAUUAUUUAGAAAAAGGUACACAAAUUAAAUCAAUUUUUGCUAAUAAAGUAAUUUCAAGUGAAAUUUAUUGCCCUCAAAAUAAUCGUAGAUUAAAAUCAAUAGCAACAAUUUAUGUUGCUUAUGCAACUUUAUUCACUAAUCAUCCAAAAACUUGGGAUACAAAAAUCAUGAAUAAAAUCAUUAGUGAAGGUGAAAAUCAUUGGAAACGAAGUUGCUUAAAACGAUUUCGGAAUUCAAAAGGAGAUUUUGAUAUUUUAGAAUAUUUUGAAGAUAAAGACGUAGGAAUUAGUAUUGAAAAAUUGAAAGAAGGAAAGUUUGAUAAAUCAACAAAUUUGUUCAAAAUUUUUACAUUAGUUUUUCAAAAUUAUUCCAACAUUAUUUUCCAGCACAAAGAUAUAUGCAUUUUAAUUGCUAAGAAAACUGAAAAAACUUUUUAUAUAUUUGAUCCAAAUGGUCGUUCAUUUAAAUGUAACCGUGAAGUGGAUAAAGGUAAAGCCUCAUUAAUUACAGUUGAAUCAAUUGAAGGCUUAAUAUAUCUUAUAUAUUAUCACAGUUGGAAACAAUAUCCAGCCAAAUAUUUAAAUUUUAUAUACCGUAUAUAUCGAAUAGGAUUGAAGAGAUUUUGUGUAAUAAAUCGUUAUUAUGCUGUUAUAACUGGAACGAUUGGUAUAAAGAGACCAAAAUAUUACGAUGAUGAAAAUGCAUCAAUAAUAAUUGCAUCUAUAGUUUUACUUUACUCUUAUGUUGAUCCAGCACAACAUUGGCAACCAAGAACUAUAAAUGCUUUAAUUCAAUAUGGCCAGCAAUAUUAUUCAACUUUACGGAAAUCAAGAAAUUUAAAAAAUGUGCAAAUCAAAGACUUACCAUCAAAUUUAGUUCUUGGUGCAUAUAGUGGUCAUUUCACUUUAAUACCAUAUCUUGAAUCAGGCUUUAUUGAAAAUACUUCGUCAUAUCGUCGAAAUCCUUUAAGAAGAGCUCUAAUUGAAUAUUUUCAGAAUUACAAUGAAGCAAUAUUACAAAUUGACAAUACAUAUUUGGCUAUUUUCAAAAACGAGCACUUUUUUUAUGUUUUCGAUCCUAUGGAACGAAAUAAGAAUGGUCUACCUUUUGAAGGAAAAAACAGAAGAGGUGGAGCCAUUCUGCAAAUUCAUAUUAAUUUUGAAUCCAUGUGUAAAAUCAUUUAUAUGAAUGCCCUGAAAAUCAUCACCAAAGGUUAUUUUCACUUACAUGGAUGCACUAUUCAAAAAGUAAAUAUUCUUACAAUGAAUAAAUAUUUGAAAAAAAAGGCUGGUGGCGAUGUAGGAACUAAUGUACCAUUGGAAUGUUUAUCAAAUCUGAGCAUUAAUCCAUGUGGACGUGCCUGUUCCGAGUUUGAGUUUUUACAAAAACAAAAUAUGAUAUUACAGCAAAGAGAAUUUGAUAAAGCUUUAGAAAGAUCUUUUAGUAUAAAAUCAAUAGAUAAAAGUGAACGAGUUGCUACCCCUGAUUCAGAAUUUAGACUAUGUAAAGAAUAUGAUUCUGAUGAAGAAAAUUUAUCAACAAAUUUCAUGCCUUUACUAAAUGGAACUACUAUUAUAUGUGGUCAACAAAUUACAGUAUGUAAUGAGAAUUCAGAAGAAAUACAUUCAAUGCUAUUACGUGGAUUGACGAGUGCAUAUGGUGCAAUAAUUUGUUCGCGUAAAUAUAAAAUUUCAACAUGGAAUUCAGAUACAGUUAAUUGUGCAAUGGAAAUUGGUGAUAAAAUACAAUCAAGUUUUCUUUACGAAUCCGAAAUAUUACCAACCCUAAUAAACAAUAACUUUCCGGAAAUUCAAAUAGGGUGUCACAUGUACAAUUCUACAGUAAAAGUAUUGGGAUGCUGUGCAGUUAUACGACGACGCAAUAAAUAUUAUUUAUUUUUUGGUAUACCUUGCGAUGAAUUCGGAUUUAGAACUACAUUUCCAAAAGAUUGUGAAUUAGGAACAACAAAUAAAGCAUGUAUUUUAAGAUUUAAUACAUUAAAAUCAUGCGUUGACCGAAUUUCGUUUGGUUCAUGUGAUAAAGACGUCAAUAUUCCGCCACAUCAAAUUAAUAUAUUAAAAGAGCAAAUGAUAAUAAAAGAUGAAAGUGCUAGAAAAACCUGCAAAGAGAACUAUAUUCAAAAACAGUUAGAAAAUGUCGAAGAGCUAAAAGACUUAGAAAUAAAAAGAAUAAAUACCUUCAAAAAAUUAAAAAAUCCCAAACAUGUUUCAUUUCCAAAUGAGACCGAUACCAACUCAUAUCAAGAAAGACCACUAAAGAAACACGCCGGUGAAGAUAUCAAAGAAACACCACCAAUGUAUGUACAACAAGUUUUUAAUGCAUCCAACAAAGAGUUGCAUCAAUCUGUUGAUAAUUUAUUUAGAAUAUGUGGAAAUUAUUCCUUAAUGGAAAAUGAUAAUGACGAUAGCCUUGAUUUGGUUAACGUUUGUCACUUUGCAUCUGUGUGUGCUAUACUGCAAGCAAUUAUUACACCAAUACAAGAAUGGAACCCUCAAUUAAUUGAUACAAUUAUUGAUAAAUCGAAACUAACGAGUCUCAAAGAUGAAAAAUUAUCAUGGAUAACAUCAGGUAUACCAAUAUGGAGUCGUAAAAAUAAAUGCCUUGAUCCUACAAAAUUUGAAAGAGGUAAUAUGAUGAAAGAAUAUGAAAUUGAAAUUCUAAAUGAUUUAUAUUCACUCUUCGGAACAAUUCAUCCAAAAUCAAUAAUUUUCAAAGAAUCACAUGGAAAACAAUAUUUAGCUAUAAAUGUUAUAGCAUGUUGUAUUGCACAUUUAUUUCGUGUUACCGAAUGGAAUCCCCAUUUAUUAGAUUCAAUUGUUAUUCAUGGUAAUCGUUAUCAUAAUGAAAGUUUUAAAGAUAUUAAAGAAUCUGAUUUUGAAAUCGAAAUUGAAUAUUUAAAUAAAAAUUUUAAAAUGAAUGAAUAUAAUUUUGAUAUUGGAAUAAAACGUUGCACUUAUGGGAUUUUAUUCUGUUCAACUUCAUAUAAUUUUAAUUUAAGUAAAUCUAUAUUGUAUUUUUUUAAACAAAAUUAUCGUUAUGGUAUAAUACAAAUAGAUAAAAGAUGUCUUGCAUUUGGUUUAGCUGAUAAAGGUUAUUUUAUGUAUGAUUGUCAAUAUGAUGGUCCACCAUUAUUCGAUAUGGAUCAAGGUGCAAGUUAUUGUUUAUUGUGUAAUUCAUUGCAACGAUUAAUUUAUUGUAUUAUUGUAACAUUAAAUAUUCGAAAAAAUAUUGAAUUUCUUAUAUAUGCUAUA